UGCAUCUGUGGUUGAUCCUUAAAGGAGUUAAAACCAUCAAGUACUGUAUUGCUAGAAAGGAUUGAGGAAGAAGAGAAGCACAGAGGAACUUCCUGUACCGGAUCACUCAUGGGUGGAAGGUGGCUUGCAGAGCGGCUUUUGUGCUCUUCUAAAAGUUGAAGCAUCAGCUGGAAGACAAAGAUGAUGCCAACAUAAGCACACUGGACAACUGAGAAUAACAAGGAACACUGAAAAGCAAAGCAAAUUGAAGCAGAAAUAAAAAUAUGUUCUCUUUCCUUCAGAAAGCUGCAGAAUUCAACUACUUCAUCAGCAGGAAAGAGACAGAAAAGAGAAAAUCAUGAAGAGAUUUGCAGCUGGAAAAAGUAGAUUAUAUAGAAUUUAAGAAUACGUUACUUGAAAAGGUCAAAGGAGAUCAUUUUUCCGUUCAGAAAAAGGGGGAAAUAUCUGGAAGCCAGUGGGGAAGAAAACAUCAAUUGGAUAGUCACAUAUGGCAGCCAGUAAUGCAGGCACCAACAAAAUAAGGAAUCACACAUAUUUUUGAUCUCCUCAAGAAUGUCAGUGAUGGAAAAGCUCCAUAGAUGUGCCUAUUGUGGGAAAAGUAAAGAGUUCAAAUCACAAGAGCCAUAUAAAUACUCUAAAUGUGGCAAAACUUUAGUCAGAAUAGCUUCCUUGCGAUUCAUAGAAGGAUCCUCAUAGUAGAGAUGCCCUACAACUGCCCCCAAUGUGGUAAAUGCUUUUUCAAGCAUGGCAACUUUGUGGUACAUCAGAGGACUCACACCAGGGAGAAAUCAUAUGAGUGUCCAGAUUGUGGGAAACAUUUCACAGCAAAUUCCCACCUGGUGAAACACCAGAGGACUCACAUAGGAGAGAAACCGUUUGAAUGUCCUGAAUGUGGGAAAAGCUUCAGUCAAAAUUACAGCCUGCUGAUACACCAGAGAACUCACACAGGAGAGAAGCCCUUUGAAUGUCCUGAGUGUGGGAAAAGUUUCGUUCUCAAUUCCAGCCUGGUGAAACACCAGAGAACUCACACAGCAGAGAAGCCCUUUGAAUGUCCUGAGUGUGGGAAAAGUUUCAUUCUCAAUUCCAGCCUGGUGAAACACCAGAGAACUCACACAGGAGAGAAGCCCUUUGAAUGUCCUGAAUGUGGGAAAAAUUUCAGUCGGAAUUCCCACCUGGUGAUACACAAGAGAACUCACACAGGAGAGAAGCCCUUUGAAUGUCCUGAUUGUGGGAAAGGUUUCAGUGUCAAUUCCAGCCUGGUGAAACACCAGAGGACUCACACAGGAGAGAAACCCUUUGAAUGUCCUGAUUGUGGGAAAUGUUUCAGUGAGAAUUCCAGCCUGGUGAACCACCAGAGGACUCACACAAGAGAGAAACCCUUUGAAUGUCCUGAGUGUGGGAAAAGUUUCAGUCAGAAUUCCAGCCUGGUGAAACACCAGAGGACUCACACAGGAGAGAAACCCUUUGAAUGUCCUGAUUGUGGGAAAGGUUUCAUUGUCAAUUCCCACCUGCUGAUACACCAGAGGACUCACACAGGAGAGAAGCCCUUUGAAUGUCCUGAAUGUGGGAAAAGUUUCAGUCAGAAUUCCAGCCUGCUGAUACACCAGAGAACUCACACAGGAGAGAAGCCCUUUGAAUGUCCUCAUUGUGGGAAACGUUUCAGUCAGAAUUCCCACCUGGUGAUACACCAGAGGACUCACACAGGAGAGAAACCCUUUGAAUGUCCUGAGUGUGGGAAAAGUUUCAGUCACAAUUCCAACCUGGUGAUACACCAGAGGACUCACACAGGAGAGAAACCCUUUGAAUGUCCUGAUUGUGGGAAAGGUUUCAGUGUCAAUUCCCACCUGCUGAUACACCAGAGAACUCACACAAGAGAGAAGCCCUUUGAAUGUCCUGAAUGUGGGAAAAGUUUCAGUCAGAAUUCCAGCCUGGUGAAACACCAGAGGACUCACACAAGAGAGAAACCCUUUGAAUGUCCUGAGUGUGGGAAAAGUUUCAGUCAGAAUUCCAGCCUGGUGAAACACCAGAGGACUCACACAAGAGAGAAACCCUUUGAAUGUCCUGAGUGUGGGAAAAGUUUCGGUCUCAAUUCCAGCCUGGUGAAACACCAGAGAACUCACACAAGAGAGAAGCCCUUUGAAUGUCCUGAUUGUGGGAAAUGUUUCAGUGAGAAUUCCAGCCUGGUGAACCACCAGAGGACUCACACAAGAGAGAAACCCUUUGAAUGUCCUGAGUGUGGGAAAAGUUUCGGUCUCAAUUCCAGCCUGGUGAAACACCAGAGAACUGACAUAGGAGAGAAGCCCUUUGAAUGUCCUGAAUGUGGGAAAAGCUUCAGUCAGAAUUCCUACCUCAUUGGCCACCAGAGGACUCACACAGGAGAGAAACCCUUUUAAUGUCCUGAUUGUGGGAAAGG